GUCAUGUGCACGUGUUGAAAGAUAAAAUCAACACUACCGCAGUGAUAUAGUUUUGUUAGACCUGUCCUUGCACAAUAUUGGAGUGCUGGAGGCCAAACAGCAGUGUUCGUUUUGCGUCUCGGGGCAUCUUCACCACUCAAAGAAUGGCUUUUUCCUUGGACCUGGAAAGACACAACAGCGAUUGUGUCCCAGAAAAGAAUCUUCUAAUUAGCUAUUACCACGGUGCCUGUAAGGAGCCUCUUUGUGGACUGACCAUCCCGCAACUUGUGGAGGCUGCAGCAAGUGGAUGCCCCACCCGAAUACUAUACCGGGUACUUGAGUACAACCAGACAAUCACCGCCAAGCAGUUACUGGAACAGGCAAACUCAUUCUCUAAAGGCUUGAUAUCACAAGGUGUUCUGAAGGGCGACGUGGUGUUUUGUGUCGGGUUAGAUACUAUCGACUUCUACCCCAUUAUGCAUGCAGUGUUCGCUAUAGGAGCAGUGUUUUUCAACGACGUUCUGUGUGCCCCGAAGGCGGUAGACCUGGCUCGGCUGAUUGACAUUGUAAAACCCAAACUGCUCAUCUGUGGAGAGAAGGAGAUCUCGACUGUUGAGGAAGUUAUUGGGAACAGUCCUGAAAGAAACUGGGAUUGUUUCUGCGUUUCAUUCAGUACGAAUUCAGCGGCAAAUGUCUGUAGCCAUAAGGAGCUAUUAAAGAACGGAGAGACUGUGCCAGAUGAACAACUACAAUCAUCCAAACGUCAUAUUUCCCUCGACGACAAUGCGUGGAUAGUGGCCUCAUCUGGAACGACAGGACAACCGAAACUCAUGUAUGUGGGACAUCAUGCAUUGGUUAAUUUUGCCAAAUUCACCAUCAUCAGAAAGAAUCCCCAGAGAAAGCCGCAGGUCGAAGCAUGGCUCAACACCAGCAGCGAUGACGUCAUGCCGGUCACCCAGGCCCUGGCCAUUUUGUUUCACUGGAGACUAGACCACGUGGGCAUCAUGCUGCCCAGCACUGUAGAUUACACAGAGGAGGGUGUACAGAGACUCAAGGAGAUUAUUGAACAAGAGAAGAUCACAACGAUAUCUUUGAUGCCCUUCUGGAUGGUUCGCUUGGUGGAGGAAGCUGCAGCCUCACCAUACAAUCUUUCGUCGCUCAGAUCGGGUUUACUUGUUUCUCAGGGUGUAAGCCAAGAGGUUCGACGAAAAAUAGCCGAGGAAUAUUCGGAUUCCGUUGUUGCUUUUGGGGCAACUGAGUUUCUGACAGCGACGACUACAUCCCCAGACAUGACGACAAAGGAGCAGUUUAUGACAUCUGCGGGUUAUGCUAUGCCGCAUGUCGAGGUUAAGGUGGUAAGUGAUGAUGGUGACAUCCUCCCUAUCAAUACAACAGGAGAACUGUGCUUCCGAGGCUGGCCACUGUGUAACGGAUAUCAUAGUAGUUCCGUAAAUACCCAGAAGGUUGUUGACGCACGGAACUGGUUCCACUCGGGUGAUCUUGGAAGGAUGGAUCCGACUGGUCACGUGGAAAUACUUGGUCGUAAGUCAGACAGCAUCAGGUUCAAAAAGAAGGGCGAAGUGGUCUAUCCGGAAGUUGUAGAAGCUGCAGUGAGACAACAUGAGAAAGUGCGAGACGUAAAGGUCAUAGGAUUGAGCGGAGACAAAUUUGGUACAACCAUUGUUGCUUGCGUCAUAUUACGCAGGCGUACUGUAGCCAGUAGCGAGGAUAUAAAGGCAUUUUUGUCCACUAAGGUGCUCGAAAACGCCCGACCAGACCAUGUUCUGUUCUUUGAUGAGUUUCCAAAAGUUGGAGCACGAAAGAAGGUGUCCCGAUCUCAGCUGACCGAACUUGUCAAGAUGAGGAUCGUUCCUGAGAUAUGAACGCAUGCAAAUAGUGUACCAUAUUGUGACAUUGCUACUUUUCCUAUUCACAGAUGACAGAAACUGUCUAGAUGAGGCUAAUUUCUGAUGUAUGAACGCAUGCGCCAACUGUACCCUAUUAUAACAUUGCUAUUCUAAUUUUUGUGUAAGAAUAUGUAUGUAAGCGCAUACACCAAGUGGGCAACACCGUUGUUUUGUUGGAACAUCACGGCAGUCAUACAUUUUGUUGUUGUUUUUCAUUUGAUGUUUGUAUUUGUUAGUUUUCAGAAAUUCAGUGGUAAAUCAUCACAAGUAUUUACAUUAAAAUCUGUAUUCAAACUAAA